UUAAAAAAGUUAUCUGCUGCUGCGUAACAGAGAAAUUAACUGGGCAGGGCCGUAGGUGACCGUGAACUGGGCUUCCUCGGACGUUUCAUCCCUGUCGAGCUCUUCGACGCUAGCUCCUUCCUUCGUAUCGCAAAUACAAACAUCGGGAUUUGAUGUCUUGAACACAAGGUUUUGUGGACAUACGUUUGGGAAUGUCCUUCUUGUCCUGUAAGGUUCUUUCAGUUUCACAUGGCACUGACACUAUCAGCUGUGCAGGCAUGUGCCAUUGUAGUAGCGGGGAAAAAUUGAGAAGUGGGAUUUAUUUCAAAUUUGGAAGAGGAUAUCGAACUACUUUGAGUAGAAAAAUGAGGUUCACUAAUUACCUCUUGAAUAUAUCAAGAUUGUGUUCUCGAUCCAAGCAUAAGUUUGCAGAAAAGCUGCUGGAUGUAGUAAAUAAGUAUAAUGUGCCGAGCAUAUCUGAUAAAUCAAAGUUUCUUACUAAGGUGUCAGUGCUGAUGGAGUAUGAUGGUUUUCAUGAGUUAAUUGAGAGUGAAAAAGCAGAAAAGCAAUCUGGUUGGGAUCUCAAGGAUUCUGUGGAGGAAUUUGAUGUCUCCUUGGCACGUAAAAAAUUUCCUUCUAUUGUUUUGGGUAAUUCUCCUCCUGUAGAAUUAUAUGAUGAGACUACACAGCAAUCUGAAAUGAAGAACCUUUUAUCAGCUGAAAGUUAUAAAGAAUUUCCCUCAGAUUCUCUGGGUCAGAAAUGGGUUGAUCCAGAUGACCUUUCUGAGCAUGGGAUUUCUUCAGGAACCCGUCCAAGUGAGAACUCUUCCAUAUUAGAAGAAAAAGGCAAUGUGAAUGCAAGCGUAAUUAGUGAGUCCAGAGAUGAAAAUACAUUUAUCUCAAAAGAAUUAAAAGAGGAAAAUGCUUAUGAUUGGACAUUAUAUUCGGAGGAUGUGACUUUGGGAAUGCAAGAGAAAUUGGAUCAUAAAGUCAGCAUAGAGGAUUCUUCUAAACAAAUGGUGCCUGAUUCACUACUAAGUGAUGCAUUUCUUGAUACAUCUAUAAGUUGCAUUCCUGGAUUAAGUAAGAGACAAUGCCAUCAGCUGGAAAAUUGUGGUUUUCACACGUUACGGAAACUGCUGAAUCAUUUCCCUCGAACCUAUGCUGAUUUGCAAAAUGCACAAGUUGGAAUUGAUGAUGGGCAGUACUUGAUUUCUGUUGGGAGAAUUUUAUCUUCUAGGGGAGUUAGAGCUAGUUAUUCCUUUUCAUUUCUUGAGGUGGUUGUGGGCUGUGAGGUUGCAGGUGAUGAAUCUCAACACACCAUCGAUGACGUUGAUAGUGCUGGAAAGAAAACCAUUUAUUUACACCUCAAGCAAUUUUUUCGUGGCACUCGCUUCACUAGUCAACCUUUUCUCAGAAUUCUUCAAAACAAGCAUAAACUGGGAGAUAUUGUUUGUGUCAGUGGUAAGGUCAGGAGCAUGAGUACCAAAGAUCACUAUGAAAUGAGGGAAUAUAGUAUUGAUGUGCUAAAAGAUGGUGAGGAUUCAUCUCUGUGUCCAGAAGGGAGGCCAUAUCCUAUAUACCCUUCAAAAGGAGGCUUGAAGCCUAAUUUUCUUAGGGACAUUAUUGCAAGAGCUGUACAAGCCUUGGCUCUUGAUGUUGAUCCACUUCCAAAAGAAAUCACUCAGGAAUUUGGGCUGUUACAUCUUCAUGAUGCUUAUGUUGGCAUUCACCAACCAAAGGAUGCACAGGAGGCUGAUUUAGCUCGUAGGAGACUUAUAUUUGAUGAGUUCUUUUAUCUACAGUUGGGACGGCUAUUCCAAAUGCUUGAAGGUCUUGCUACACAAAUGGAAAAAGAUGGAUUACUUGACAAGUACAGAAAACCUGAAUUAAAUGCUAUGUGCAUGGAAAAUUGGUGCAGUCUCACCAAGAAAUUAUUGAAGUCCCUUCCAUAUUCCCUUACUUCUAGUCAGCUAAGUGCUGUUUCAGAGAUUAUAAGGGAUCUAAAACGACCAGUUCCUAUGAACCGACUUCUGCAGGGUGAUGUUGGAUGUGGGAAAACAGUGGUCGCUUUUUUGGCAUGUAUGGAAGUUAUUGGCUCUGGUUAUCAGGCAGCUUUCAUGGUUCCAACGGAGUUGCUUGCGGUACAGCAUUAUGAGCACUUGCUUAAUUUGCUAGAGGCUAUGGAGGAACAUCAACCCAAACCCUCCAUUGCUCUACUAACAGGUUCAACGCCAUUGAAACAGUCACGCGUGAUUCGUAAGGGUCUCCAAGCAGGAGAAAUUUCCAUGGUCAUUGGAACCCACAGUUUAAUAUCUGAAAAUGUAGAGUUCUCUGCUUUACGUAUAGCUGUCGUGGAUGAGCAACACCGCUUUGGUGUGAUCCAGAGAGGAAGGUUUAACAGUAAGUUAUAUUAUAGCUCUUUAAGUUCAAGAAUAGCAGCAGCCAGUUCCGACGGGCCCUCAAAGAGUGAUGGCAAUAUGGCCCCACAUGUUCUUGCUAUGUCAGCCACUCCCAUUCCAAGGACGCUUGCAUUGGCCUUGUAUGGGGACAUGUCCCUGACACAAAUAACUGACUUGCCUCCAGGAAGAAUUCCAGUUGAAACAUGCUGCAUCAUAGGAAAUAGCCAGGGCUUUGAGGAGGCGUACAAGGAGGGAUGCAGGGGUUGAGGCCCUUGAUAUCCUAAAAUACAAGGAAAGUGUUUCACCACUGGUUACUGGCAAAUGAGCUAAGCAUGACUGUUUUGAUAGUGAGGGUACUAGUAGGGCUCUCUACAUUCGAAUCAUCAUUAUCUGGUUAUCAAGAACAAGGAACGGAAUAACACACCCUGAUUUUAGUAUUUGACAUUGACACCCUUUUGAAAUGGCAAUCAAGUACUGAAUAACUUUUUCCUGAUUUCUCAUUCCCAUUCUUCUAUUCUAGUUACCAAACACUCAAUUAACUUUAAAAUUUUAAUUACUAUUCUUGAUUUUUCUUUCCCAAUAGUAUGCCAAUACUGCCUGAGCAGUUUUCCUGAAUGCGUCAGGCUCCACUUUUUGGUUUUGUGAGUGUGAAAGUUAAACAAUGACAACUACCCUGUAGUAGCGUAACUCUGUUUCUUUAUUCAAAGUCACGAUACAUUCCUUUUGGAGGUCAAAAGCUUUUUAGCUCAAGUUAGUCAAUUAAACUUCAGUACCAAAAUUGAUGGUACAGUUUCAUGAAUAUUUUUCCUUGUUCUUCUCUGCUUAGGGACAAUUGUUUCAUAGGUGCUGUUAUAUUAAUUUAGAUUUUAACAUUUAACCAACAUCUACUUUGUCCUUUCUUCCACACAUGCUCUCACUUUGAUCCACCCACUUCUCCACAUCAAUGAAUCAAUAGGUUUAUAUUUGAUAUGGUCAAUCCAUUAUAGGUGGUCUUUCCUUUAAUUUAUUAUUAAUCCUGUCAACUACACCAUUUUAUGAUUUUAUUCUAAUCUCUGGGAGAAAGAGGAGAAUUAUUGACAUAGCGUUCUUCCGAGUAAACUAUAAUAGAUAUUUAUUUUCUACUUUAUUUUUCUACAAUAGUAAGUUAUUGUCCUUUUGGAACAUAUGUGCUUGCUACAUAUGCAUGGUUUCUUGUGUGGCUUUAUUGGAUCUUUAAAAUAUAAAAAUGAUAAUAUUAUAUGUGUAGAAAUGGUAAAGUUGCCUAUUACUUCUCUCUCUCUCUCUCUCACUCACUGAACAUCAAUCAAUGCUGAGGAUAUCAAUUAUGCCAGAUGAUGCUAGAUGAAUUAGAAACAGGGGGAAGAGUGUAUCUUGUGUAUCCAGUCAUUGAACAAUCUGAGCAACUGCCUCAGCUUCGUGCUGCUUCUGCUGAUCUUGAAGUUAUAUCAGAUAGGUUUCAAGGUUACAACUGUGGGCUGUUACAUGGUAGAAUGAAGAGUGAUGAAAAAGAUGAAGCACUGAGACGAUUUAGAUCUGGGGAAACACGCAUACUCCUUUCCACCCAAGUAAUUGAGGUCGGUGUUGAUGUUCCAGAUGCAUCCAUGAUGGUUGUUAUGAAUGCUGAGAGGUUUGGAAUUGCUCAACUGCACCAACUCAGAGGACGAGUUGGACGUGGAGCAAGGAAAUCCAAAUGUAUAUUAUUAGCAUCAACAGCCAGUAGCCUUAACCGUUUAAAGGUGCUGGAGAAGUCAUC